GCCAAGGCCAGGCCAACAGCCGUGUGACGGCCUCGCUCGCUGUGCGGAGUUUCUUCAUUGCGAUGCUGGCAUAGCCUUCUCUCUGCCUGGCUGAGCACGCUACUGCUGCACAUGCUGCGACCGCCUGCUCUUUGGGCUAUGUGGAGCUCAUGAUGCAUGCGAACUCUCCUGAUCCUGCCUGUCGACUCUACACCCUCGCCCGCCAUGACCCUGGUUAUCUGCACUCAGUCCCGCGCCACCAGCGCAUUGUCCUCAUUCUCCUUCAGCUAUUCGGCCUCUUAUGGUUUUGUGAAUUCAUGUCCAACCAUUGUUGCUGGGACUAGCAACACUGCCUGCUCCUCUUUUCAACAUCUAUUCUUGUCUAUAUCGCUAUUGUGCAGAGCCUUAUGACGUUCGUCACACAAGAUCCAGAUAUCUACUCGAUCCUUUCAGGACAAGAAGGCGGCAGCAAAUCCUUCACGACGGUUCCUUCCACCAGCGAUCAUGAGCUUCUAUCCUGCAGACCAUUACAACAACGAAGACGACAGCAUGGGAGACUGGAAGCAUUAUACUUAUGAACAAAUGAGACAGCCAGGCACCGCUCUGCACGACUCAGAUGAAAAGUUCAACAUUACCGAUCCCAACUCCAUGUACACUUCGAUCGGGACCUCAUCUCAGGAUCCUUACCCCAGCUCCCAACCCAUGACUUUACCAGCAGAGACUUGUAGUCUGGGUCUGGAUUCACUCCAAACUCCCACUCAAGCAACGUUCAACAACCCACCAUCUGCGCUGUCCACUCCGCACAUUUCAUCGAGCUGGGCCGUUCAACAGACACAUCCCACAUAUACGUUCCCGGACGUCACACGGAGCGACUUACAGUUGGACCAGUACUACCCGACAUCAAGCGCACUUACCGAUCAUGCUCAGUGGAGACCACUGCACCAAGUGCCAGAAUUUGCGACGCCGGCUUACGAAUCAGUUACGGGGCGCACAUCGCCGGCGCAAUCCGUGCACAGCGAAAGCUCCUACUCCUCUUUGAUUGCUUCGUCACCAUACGCACAGUCUGAUGGAUACUUCCAGGCGCCGAGUCCACCAGACAUCAAAUCUGAGGAGUCGCUCGACCAAGGCAGAGGCAAUCUGUACUCUGUCCCUGGCAUACCAACAGACGAGAACCAGGCCCACGUCGAUCCCAGCGACAUCUUCACAACACUUGUCCAAGAUGGAUCGAUGCCCAGAGCUACGUCGGCGACACCGGUGAAACACGACAAAGCGGACCUACAAUACCUACACAAUUCAUGGCCCUUGUCCGUGCGAUCAGCGCCGCACAGCGCACACGACAGCAGCACGGUGGGCAGCUCGUACGUGGGUGAUGCAGACGCUCGCCUGAAGAGGGCCUUCACGACAGCAGAGAACUCGACGUGCCAGUGCCGGCAAUGUGGGAAAAUGUUCCAGCGCGUAUACAAUCUGAGGGCACACAUGAUGACACACGACCCGCAACGAGAACAUCCAUACGUGUGCGAGUACCGUGGGUGCUCCAGGAGGUUUGUGCGACGGACAGAUCUCGUUCGACAUGAGCAAAGUGUUCAUUUAAAGGCCCGCAACUUUGCUUGUCCAAUGUGUCAGAAUGCGUUCGCGCGCAAAGACACCCUCCGAAGGCAUGUCGAUGAAGGCUGUCCGAAUCGACCGGAGGUGAAGAAGCGCAUCGGCCGGCGGCGCAGUAGUGGAGGCAGCACAGCUCUGGUGCGACCAGUGAACAACAUACCACAUGUGGGCUCCUUUCCCGUGGUGAAGACAGAAAAAGAGUAGAGACAGCGCAGACAGAUCACCAGGGAUGACAUCGAGGCGAUCACUGGAACACUGGAGAAGCAUAAAGGUCGGGCCUCAGGGCACAGGAGUUUGCGGCGAGCAGUUCAUCGGGUUUGGGAGCCUAGUGGCUACGACUUCUAUCACACUCACGACUCAUAACAGCACCAGCACGGGAAUGGGAGAUGCAUUUGGGAGGAAGGAGCACUGCUGCCUCUCCGUGAAGGCUAAUCGAUUGAGGGCGCCUGCGAGCCAGUCGGGCAGCCCGUUAGCUUCAUGCACGUUCGAAUCAUACCAACACCCUCGGACAUUUGCAGCUUCAGCAACC